AUCCCUGCUUUCCUUAGUAGCCAGCAAAGAGACAGCUGUCCCCGAGGUCAUCCAAAAGGCUCAGAUCCUUACCAUGGAAAACAGCGUUGAUGUCAAGAUAGAAACCAGGGGGGAAAGAAAGCCAAGGAAGCAAAGUCAGUUAAGUAAAGGUGGAAAGAGAGUCUGCAGAGCUGUUGGGUACAUCACAGGAGACAUGAAGGAAUUUGGUGCCUGGCUGAAAGAUAAGCCCAUCAUGAUCCAGUUUGUUGACUGGGUGCUGCGUGGGAUCUCCCAGGUGAUGUUUGUCAAUAAUCCCCUCAGUGGUCUGAUCGUAGUCGCUGGUUUCCUGGUGCAGAACCCAUGGUGGACACUCACAGGCUGCUUAGGAACAGUUGUCUCAACCUUAACAGCACUUAUUCUGGGUCAAGACAGAUCGGCCAUAGCAGCAGGCUUGUAUGGCUAUAAUGGGGUCUUGGUGGGAUUGCUCAUAGCAGUCUUCUCUGCUAAGGGAGAUUACCAUUGGUGGCUUCUACUGCCGGUGGCACUGGUGUCAGUGACAUGCCCUGUUUUCACCAGCGCUUUAGGUUCAGUCUUCUCUAAGUGGGAUCUGCCUGUUUUCACCUUGCCUUUCAACUUGGCCUUGACCCUCUAUCUGGCUGCAUCAGGACCCCAUAACCUCUUCUUCCCUACAACCGUCAUUCAGCCUGCAACAACACCACCAAACAUCACCUGGACAGACGCUGACAUGUCAAUGCUGCUGCAAUCCAUUCCAAUUGGGGUGGGCCAGGUUUAUGGCUGUGAUAAUCCCUGGACUGGGGGAAUUUUCCUGCUUGCUCUAUUUAUCUCAUCUCCACUCAUCUGCCUGCAUGCAGCAAUCGGAUCAGCAGUGGGGAUGUUGGCAGCACUGAGCUUAGCAACACCUUUUAGCAUGAUCUACUCUGGUUUAUGGAGCUACAACAGCUCCCUCUCAUGCAUUGCCAUUGGGGGCAUGUUCUACGCAUUCACCUGGCAGACACAUUUGCUGGCAAUUGCCUGUGCACUCUUCAGUGCCUAUCUGGGAGCGACAAUGGCGAAUAUGUUGUCUGUGUUCGGGGUGCCACCAGGAACCUGGUCUUUCUGUUUAUCCGCGCUGACCUUUCUGUUAAUGACCACAAACCACUCAGCCAUCUACAAGCUUCCGCUCUCCAAAGUCACCUAUCCAGAAGCCAAUCGAGCAUAUUAUCUGAAGAUGAAGAAACAUCACAUGUCUUGCUGUGACGUAUAAAGACAGAAUAAGAGACAUCCUUCACAGAUUGUAAGGCAGGAGCACAAGGUUCCCUCCUAAAAAGAAUAAAUAAAUAAAUAAAUAAAUAAAUAAAUAUUUAUGUGCUCUAAAGUAAAAAAAGACCAAAAACCCCAAAAGCCCCAUCAUCUUUGAACAGGGAGACUUUUUCCAUCACAAUUUUUUGUUCUGUCCUGAUUAGAUAGAAAAUUGCUGUGGUGGAAGGAUUUUCAUAAGACCAACCUGUCACAGUUUAGAAGCACAUAUGCCUGGAAAGACACUUGAGUUUUAAAAAGUGGGGAAAUGACUCAGAGGUGGCAAAGAAAAUUCUAUUUGUGAAAUCUGAGUCACUGUAAUCAGAUGUAAAGUAACGAAGAGCAGAGCAUAUCUCAGCUCUUUAUUAGAAGUAUUAUUUAAAGGCUUAAAGACCAGCUUACUACAGCAAUAGGAUUCACCUUAGAGAGCUUCAUAGUGGCAGAGAACUGGAACAAAGUGUAUCAUUUGCUAAGUAGGAAAUAGGAAAUGAAGAAAUCUUCCUGGAGAAUCUUCAAGCCCAGUGGAGAAAGCUGUGAAUUAAUAACCAUCACACAUGUGAUGAACACAGAUGAAUUGCAAGCAGCUUUGCUAAUACCUGCAAGUCUUGUGGUGAAAGUCAAAAUAAGGAGAAACAAGGAAUUGCCUAUAAGCCCCAUAUUUGAGGUGUUCUAGUUUGUACUAGAUUACAACAGUUCGUGAAAAAAAAAUUGUUUCAAUCCUACCCUGUUGCACAGAAAAUUCAAGGCCAAGAAUGUAGAUGCCAGUAAAAAGAACGUUUUUCUAUAACAAUAAGUGCAAUGAUUUUAUGUUUAUAUCAGCAUUUUACUUAAUACUCAAACUUGGUUAUGGGUUAGCAAAGGAGGGGACAGCAGCAAAGCCACUGCUACCUCUUCUCUAUGAAAAAUGAAUGGCUCUGUUCAGCCCAACCAACAAGCAGAACUAACUUGACCUGAUUUUCUCAGCCUCUGAAUUGAUGUAAUCAACUUCAAGUAAUGAUGUCAUGCAAAGCAGUUAGGGGAAUAUGAGCAUUCAGUUUUACCUCAAGGCCUUUAUAAAAGGCAAUGGGAGUUACCCAACGUAAUAAUUUCUACCAGCACACCAGAUCAUUCAUAAUGGGAUUGAUUAAUCAGACCUCCAAGAGAUGCACAGAUAGUAGUGAACAUAGAUCUGUGGCAAUAAUUGGUAGCAGAGAUACCAGUUAGAGAAUACGGGCCAGAUACUGACAUUUUCACCACAGAUAUUUUCCUCCAUGCUUAGUUCAUUCAGUUGGCAUUAGCCUACGCACUUCAAUCAUAGAAUCAUAGAAUGCUUUGGGUUGGAAGGGACCUUAAAGUUCACCUGGAUCCAACUCCCCUGACAAAGGCAGAGUUGUCAACCACUGAUCAUAAUGUCACUCCUGUUCCUGUUGAGGCAGAGAUAAAAGAAAAGUAGCUUACAAUUCAUACUGCUGAUUUUUGAGCUUGGGAAAAAAAAAAAAUAUAUACACCUUUUUAUGAGCAUCAAAAAGACCCAAGAGAGAAGCACUUGGGAUGAAUUGUUGGCAGCAUUUUCUGAUGAACCUUUGCAUUUUCAUGUAUUUGACAGUUUUUCUGUGUGAUUGACAU